GCCAUUUUCAUUCAAUCACUCUCCUCCAUCUUCUGAUUUCUCUGAAGCUCUUCCAUGGCGGGAUUCUAGGGUUUUCACUAUCUUCGUUUCGGUAUUUUGCAUUUACUUCCGACAUUGUUGACACUACCUUUUCCUUGUACAUUCUUUGUUCUUGUUCCUUUCUUUCUUUCUUUCUUUUUUUUCUUUUUUUUUUUUUUUUUUUUGGCGUUCAUUGUUUGUACAUAAUAGCUCUGCAUUAUAUGUUUUCUUUGCGAAGAACUAUAUUUUUUUCUUUAUGGACAAGAUUUCUUCUCAUAUGAAACUUGCGGAGUGUAAGCAGAGUAAUCUCUGCAAAGCACACGAACAGUUACAUUCAGAGGCUUCUUCGUUUCUUCUCUUUAGUCUUCAAUGGAAAGAUUUAGAGACGCACUUCGAUUCCAUGCGAGAGAUGAUUCAAACGCAGUCUGAGGAGCUUGAGCGACGGGAGAAGGCUCUUGCCUUGAAGGAAGGGCGGUUGGAUGAUGUGAAGAAAUCUAUUGAUGAAUGCUCGAAAGUACUUGAGUUUAAGAAGAAUGAACUGAGCGAGUUGAAUCGUUUGAUUGUGACAUGUGAUGGUGCGGUUAAACAGAAAGAGGUGGAAUUGGAUAUAGCGCAAGAGAGACUAGGAGUUUUGUCGAAGGAUAUUAAAUUGAAAGAAGAUGAGGUUAAUAAAGCCUGCAUGAGAUUCUUGGACCUUGAGAAGGAGUUGGAGGAGAAGGAGAAGGCAUUUGAUAUGGUUCGAAAGAGGAUUGAUGAUUGUGAGCAUGUUAUGGAAUUAAAAGAACAAAAAUUAAAUGGUAUAAUGCUCUUAAUCGAAGAGCGGUCAAUGGAAUGUGAGUUCAAGUGGAAGAGUGUUGAAUCGAUAAGGACUUUGCUUCAAGAAUACGAAGAAGAGCUUGCAAUCAAAGAGAAGCAGAAUGAUGCAAUCCAGAUGGCAAUUAAAGAGAGUAAGGGAGAACUCAAACUGAAAGAAAAGGAGCUUGAGACAAUUCAAAAUAUGAUUGCCACUAAGUGGAAAGAGAAAAGAUUAGACAAGAUAGAAAAGACUAUAAAAGUGCGGACUGAAGAGCUUGAUCUUAAAGAGAAGGAGUUUGGUGCAAUGCAGAGCAAGUUGGAGGCUCUUUCUGAAGACUUGUUAUCAAAGGAAUCAGAAUUAGAAUCCAUCAAAAACUGCAUCAAGGAACAUAGUAAAGAACUUGAUGUGCAGGAAAAGCAACUUGAUGGCACCCAACAAUCUGUUCGAGAUUGCCAGAAUGCUGUUAUACUGCUUACAAAUUAUGUUAGUACGAUAGAAAAGGCCAUCAACGAAUGCUUAAAGGAAUGGGAAUUGAAGGAGAACCACCAUGAUUCACCACAAGAAUCAGUGCAUGACUACUCUAAUGAGUUGCCAUCAGUGGUGAAACAACACGAUUCCAUUUCUUUGAUAGUCAGUAAAUGCCUUGAAGGCCUAAAAGCUCAAAAAGAGCAUUUCAAUGUGUUAAGGAAGUCAAUAGAAGAUCGCUCAAAUAAUCUUAAGAACGAAGAAAACAAUUUCGAAAGACGGAUAGAGGAGCUCAUCAGGAAAGAUGAGAAAUUGAGCAUGUAUCUAAAAGAGAUUGAAUCUUUAAAAGCGGACAUGGGCUCGCAGAUAUUGUUGCUGGGAAAAGGGCCUAAAGAACUAAGAUUAAAAGAAAUACAACACAAUGUGGUGGCUGAGGAACUUGAGUCAAAAGAAAAAGAUAUCAGUCUAGUCAGAGCUUUGAUGGAAAAAUGUAAUGAAAAGGUAAAAUUGAUAGAUGAUCCAAACAAUAUUCAUCUGAAACUGAAAACUGAGGAAUCAGGCUGCAGACUGACCAGCAGUUCUAAUACUUCAAAUUUUCAUUUUGGAUCGGCUUUAGAUGGAAAGCUUCUUUUAGCUCUCUUAUGUGAGCAUCUGAAACUGCAUGAUUUGGUGCGCACAGAACUGAUUAUUACUCUUCAAACGUCUUCCAAUCCUGCUAAGUUGGUUCUAGAUGCUAUGAGAUGGUUCUACCCUCCACACACAGUGUCCGAAGAUGCAAAAAUCGAUUUGCAUAAUGUCAAGAGGGGAUGCAUUUUGCUGUCUGAACUAUUAUUGAACUUCUCACCAAAAAUCACGCCUCCGCUGAGAGAAGAAGCUCUAGUGCUGGCAGGCCAGUGGAAGGCUAAGAUGUCGACGCCAGUUGAGAAUCAUGUGGAGGUGGUGGCAUUCUUGCUACUUGUAGCUAAUUUUCAGUUGGCCUCAGAUUUUAAUGCAGAUGAACUGCAGAUUCUUCUGAAUUCUAUUUCACAAUAUAAACAAGCAUUUGAUCUAUCCCGAGCACUUGGUAUUGUAGAUAAAUCAUCUGAGGUCAGUGCAACUCCUAGUUUUGUUAAACUGGAACAACCUGAAUCUUUGCCAGCCAACGAAGUGUUGGUCUCUUCCUCAAAGAAUGAACAGCUCAGCAUGGAUCCAAACGAGAAGAGAUUAUAUUUACUUCUGAACAAGAAGUUGACUGGACCGAAAUUGAUACCAAGUGUAAUCUUACCGAUUCUUAAAGAGUCAUCAUACCCUGCAAAACUUGUCUUGGAUCUGAUUCAAGGUUCUUUUCACCAACAGCUGAAGAAAGAACAGUUAGGCUUGGAAGAAAGGUUUUUGAGGUGGUCGACACUUCUUUUAAAACAAUUAAAGCAAAUCUCACCAAUUAUUGGUCCAAAGGAAAGAGAAGAUGCAAUGAAGCUUGCAGUUGAGUGGAAAUUGAACAUGAGAAGUGAUUCAAAUGGGUCUAUGGAUGCUGUUGUUGGCUUCUUGCAACUUCUAGUGUCAUAUGGAUUGACAACUUCGUUUAGCGGGGAUGAGAUUUUGAAGCUCUUUGAGAACAUAGUGCUACAUGAACAGGCAUCAGAAUUGUGCCUGAUGUUUGGGUAUAAGCAAAAGAUACAAGAAAUUGUACAAAUUCUUAUUGGAAGAAAGCAAUUUAUCGAGGCUGUGAGGUUUAUAUGUGGAUACAAGUUGGAAUCCUUUCGACCUGUACAGAUACUGAACGAAUAUUUACGAGAUGCAAGAAAUGCCACUGUGAAAGCCAGCAAGAAGAAUACAGGUCAGGAAGAUGUACCUGCUGCCAUGGAUGAAGCCAUAGAUAAGGAGAUAGAUGCUGUGAAGUCGGUAAUUACAUGUAUUGCAUAUUGUAACCUUAGUUCUGAAAUCUCAUCUCAAGGGCUUGAAAACCGUGUUGCUUCACUUGAAGAGAUGAGAAGGUUGAAAUGCAACUGCCAUGGUCUACCGACAAGUUCGACGACUCAGCAACCACAACUUUCAAAUCCGACUAUGGGUGAAAUGAAACCACCACAUUUGGAGAAGUCCGACAUGCAACAACUGCACCAGAACCACCAUCAACCCCAUCACCAACAUCCAUUGAAUAACUCUGCACCGCAACAUGUGCGGAAGAGACGUAAGUUUCAAAAUGGUCCAAUGAAAUACCCUCGAAAGCAUCCUCCAACUCGUCCUCUGUUCUCAAGUUCAUCUCCAAGACCAAGAGUACACGAUGAAGCGUCAAUGUCUCAGCGGUACAAUCCAAGAUUUAUUGGAAUGCAUGGGCUAUUUGGUCUCGAUAUGGGUGGUCAUGAAGCUACUGAACAUGGAAAUCAUUAUACACGCCCAACUAGGUCUGGAACAUAAUUUAAGGUAUGCUUUUCAACUAAUUUAGGGGUGUUUGGAUUAACUUGAUAAAAAAAUAUUUUUCAAAAAUCUCAUUUUUAUUUAAAUACUUCUAACAAAAAUGAUUGAAGAUACACUACAUUUUUUAGUGGUUACCAAACAUUCUAAUUUCUUCUAAAAUGACUUUUUAUUUUUCCAAAUUAAACACUUGAAAAUGCAUUCCAAACACACUCUUAAUGUUAGUGAUUUAGUUGGUUGGUUCUACUGUAAAUCCUUCUCGGAGGUAGUGUGUAGAUUAAGGCUCUUUUGGGUUUGGGUUCCUCCUGUGCUUACAUGAGUAGUGUAGAUUCUAUGUCAUAGAUGACAUUAUCUUAGUUGCCUUCUUUUUAGAAGAGGGUACUCUUUCCUUCUUGUCCUUAGAAAAAUGUUCAACUAAUGAAUAAGAUAGAAACAUUAAUGUUGAUAUCCACCUCUCAGUUAUAGAUAUAUUGAUGUAUAUUUGAAUAUCAAUAGAUAUGUAGGAAAGGGAAAAAAAUUAUAAAUAUCGAGAGAACUUGUUGAAAUGUUAUUUUUCUGUUUCUUUUAAUGCUUGUUUAAGUUACAGGCAAACUUGUUGUGGCAUACAUAUAAUAUCAAUAACAAUAUGUCAAACGAAGGCCACCGAGGGUGGCUCAUAUUAGUAACACUUGGGUGGUAGUGACUCGAUCUUUUGAGUAAUACUGACCUUGAGGAUUUGUCAUGAAUUUGACGAAUAAAGUAAGCAUGAAAGCGUAAAAAAUGAAGAUCAAGAUAGAUAUUUACGAGGUUCAUUAAUAAUAUGUUAGCUACGUUUAUAAAAAGGAGAGAAUAAUUUUAUUAGUAGAUGAUAUUAGAGGUGUCAAUAGGUUUUAAAAGAUAUUUAUAUGACACUUCUUUAAGUCCUAGG